AUGCCAAAUCUUCCAGCUAUUCAAAAUGGAUUAAAUACUUAUAUACCAUUUACGUUGCUCAUUUCGGGAUCAAUUGGUAAUAUUCUCAAUUGUCUUAUUUUCACACUCUCUUCACUUCGAAAUAAACCAUGUCGAUAUGCAUCAAGUUCUGCUAGUGUUCAUAUACGUUCAUUUAGUCAGCUCGACGUUUUCCAACGAAUCGUUUGUAGCAUAUGGAUCAUGUUAUCUUUGAUUUGGAUGGAAAUGUUCAUUUAUUUCUACGGAAAUCUAAAUGGCACUGCUUGUGCGCUCGUGUCGCAAUUUUGUAAUACUUACAACAACUUUAGUUUACUUGUUUUCUACAGUCUUCUUCCACCAAUAUGCAUGCUUUUGUUUGGUGGUAUGACUAUCAGAAAUGUUCGGCAUCGACCAAUAAAUCGUGCGGCGAAUACAAAAGAUCGACAACUAGCUCUGAUGCUUAUUGUUCAAGUUGUGAUAUUUCAAAUUUUAUCAUUACCGAUAUCGAUUCAAAGAAUUUAUUCAUAUAUUACAAUUAAUGAUAGCAAAACCCUGCAGCGCAAACAACUAGAAAGUCUUCUUAGCGACGUUUCUAAUUAUGCAGCCUUCACUGACACCGCGUAA